AUGACUGAGGUCUUGUCGACCACACAGGCCCCACGUCUGAAUGGUGAAGACGACUCUCUAGAGAAGCUGCUCUCCGACGUCCAAAAGCAUGCCGUUUCACCACUCUGGACCCAAAUGAAGAGGUUGAACCCUCCACUGCCCAACCCCCAAGCAAUCCCUCAUCUAUGGAAGUACAAGGAGAUCCGGCCAGACUUGCUGCGAGCAGGAAAGUUGGUGACGGAGAAGCAAGCUGAGAGGCGGGUAUUGAUGCUAGUGAAUCCUAACAAGGAAGCACCAUUCACCACCGACACCAUCUACGCCGGCCUCCAACUCGUCAUGCCCAACGAAACCGCCCCGGCCCACCGCCACACUGCCUUCGCCAUGCGCUUCAUCAUCGAAGGCGAAGGCGGCUUCACCGCCAUCCAUGGCCGCCGCGUAAACAUGAAGCGCGGCGACGUUAUUCUAACCCCGACCUGGAAUUGGCACGACCACGGCAAGGACGGCUCUGGCCCUAUGAUCUGGCUUGACGGACUUGAUCUCCCUAACUUCGUCCAUUUCCCAGUGCAUUUUGUAGAGCAUCACACUGCGGCAAGGUAUCCAGCGGAGAACGUGGAUUCGAAUACUUCACCGAUUGUGUUUCCGUGGGCGAGGAUGGUAGAGAAUUUGGAUAAGGCGCCGGGGAAGUGGGUUUCGUUGCCGUACCUUCAGGCCAAUGGAACAGAGGUGAGCAGAAUACUCGGCGGUUCAGCGGAGCGGCUUAACGCAGGGGAGAGUUCUCCGCCAGUGCGGGAGACAGCUUCUUCGGUCUACCAUGUUGUUGAAGGAUCAGGGUACACAGAGGUAGAAGGUAAGAAGUUAACUUGGGAGCGUGGAGAUACUUUCUGCAUCCCAUCAUGGCAUAAGUAUCAGCACUUUGCUUCGGAUGGGCAGACGGUGUAUCUCUAUCGCUUCGAUGACAAGCCGAUGCUGAAGGCAUUGGGAUUCUAUCGCGUGGAAGGAAGUGAUACGGACGCUUUGGCUUCGUCGUGGACAGCGUUGUAG